AUGUCAACGCCAGCUGGAGCCUCGGGCACCCAGCCCAACAAUGGCAAAGACGGAGACGUGUCGGUCUCGAGCUCACAAAAGGCGUUUCCCGACCGGGUAGACGUUGACCGACGCGGCACUGCUGCGGACGAGGAGGAUCUCACAGCGUUUGACUCGCGACGAAACUCGGCCAAGGCUGUCUCCGGCGCCGACGAAGGGCAAGGCCACGAUGCUAUCGGCGUCAGCAGGGUCGAGGCCUUCAACAAGAUCCUCUACCAGUCGGGCAAGUCUGGCCGGACCUUGCUCUGGCUGCUCGGCAUCUCCAUCGGCCUGACCAUGUUCGCCUACGCCCUCGACCAGGGCAUCACCUCGACCAUCUUCACCACCAUGGCCAGUUCCACCUUCGGACAGCACAGCUCGCUCGCGGCCGUCAGCACCGCCAGCCAGAUCAUCCGGGCCAUCAGCAAGCCCUUCAUCGGCAAGCUGGCCGACAUCACCUCGCGCCCCACCACCUACACCGUCAUCCUCGUCUUCUACGUCGUCGGCUUCGCCGUCGCCGCCAGCUCGAGCUCCUUUGCCGCCUACACCGUCGGCAUCUGCUUCACCUCCGUCGGCAAGUCCGGCCUCGACCUGCUGAGCGACAUCAUCGUCGGCGACCUGACCCCGCUGCAGUGGCGAGGCUUCUUCGGCGCCGCCCUCUCGAUCCCCUUCGUCGUCACCGUGCCCGUCAACGGCUUCAUCGCCGAGGGCUUCGUCGACAACUGGCGCUGGGGCCUGGGCAUGUUCGCCAUCCUCGUGCCCGUCUUGCUCCUGCCGGCCAUCGUCACGCUCUACUCGAUGCAGCGGCGCGGGGAAAAGCUGGGCAUGGUCACCAUGGCCGCUUCGAAGCGCCUUCGGACUGGGGCCGGUGACUCUGACGAAGAAGCCGUUUACAAAUCAAGGGGGUUCGCCUACUGGGUAAAGCUCUUGUACGAGGGACUGAUCGACAUCGACAUCAUUGGCCUGGCAAUCCUCGGAGCAUCCUUUUCGCUCAUUUUGCUGCCCUUCACGCUUGCCAAGGAAGCUGACGGGGGCUGGGGCAACGCCGGCAUCAUCGCCAUGCUCGUCGUCGGCUUCGUUCUGCUCGUUGCCUUUAUCCUCUACGAGAUGUACCUCUCCCCGAAGCCGCUCAUGACGAAGCGCAUCAUCCAAAACCGCACGUUCCUCGCCGCCGUCACCAUCUACACCUUCAACCAGAUGGCCUCGGCCGUCCGCAACACCUACUUCUCCUCGUACAUCUACAUCAUCAAGGAGUGGUCGACGUACGAGUGGACCAUCUUCUUGGGCAUCACGACUAUGGGACUCAGCCUCCUGGGACCCAUUGUCGGGCUCAUCCAGAGACGCACCCAUCGGUACAAGUCCAUGAUGAUCUUUGGUGCAGUGGCAAGACUCAUCGCCUACGGCCUCCUGGUCCAGCCCGACGGCCGGAUGAUCCAGGACACGGCCCGCCUCGUCAUCGCCCAGCUCACCUUCUGCCUGGGCUCCUUCAACGUCGUCGGCGCCCGCGUGGGCAGUCAGGCCUCCGUGCCGCACGAGGACAUGGCUUCCAUCAUCGCCCUUCUCACGCUUUGGUCCACGCUGGGCUCGUCCGUCGGCAGCGCCGUCUCGUCGGCCAUCUGGACCAGUGAGAUGCUCGACCGCAUGCACAUGGAGAUGCCCGGGGUCGACGACGCCACGGUUGCGAAGCUCUACGGGAACAUAAAGAAGCUGCGGACCACGUACGACUUUGAUCACCCCGUCAGGCAGGGCGCCAUCCGUGCCUAUGCCUUUGUCAACGGCCACAUUGCCGUUACCGCCCUUCUCUUGUCUGCGGUACCCUUGUUUGCGACCUUCUUCAUGCCCGACUUCUACCUGGGCAAGCAGCAGAACGCCGUCACAAACAGGGGCCUCGAUGGCGAGGUUGUUGACAUACCGCAGAGGCAGUCUAGUAAUGAUGGCGGUGAGGCUGCGCAAGCUAACGAAGAGCCAAAGCCGCUCUACCGGAGGUGGCUUGCCGCCUACCGCAGGGACGUGUAG